GUAUCCUUGAGGGGAAAAGGUCCAAGUUGAUAUGAAUUACAUCUGGGCUGCCCACUUUGCUUUGGCUUCAUCCACAUUCCUUGGCACUAUUCCCUGUGUCUAAGAGCCCAGGGCUAGAAUAUGUGUUCACAAGAAUGUUCCCAAAUUGGUAUUUGAUUCCCACUAUGAAAAUGUUCAUCACCUUUACCCUAAAGGCUGCCUGUUCCUGUUUCUUGGGCAAACCAAUGCCAGAACCAUUCUCUUCUUCAGACAGUCUUCUCUAAAAGUGGGGAAGAAUGGACUAGAAUAAGCUUUAAAGAAGAUAAACUUGGAAGAAUAGGUGACCAGAAAAAAGUAAAGGGUGGAAAAAAACUAAUUCAGAUCUGAAUCACACUUCUUUUAAUCUCAUUUCUCUGUUUGAAAAUAUCACUUCUGUUCCUUGUGAUGGCAGGUUCCCUGAAAAAGCAAUAAUGGAACUUCCCUAUGCUGCAAUGCUUAGUAGACAGCCAGUAUUGGAAGUGAAAGUUACUCCUAUGCUCUUCCCUUUGCAUUGCACAGACGAUUUCCUUCCUCCAAAAGUUUCGUUUUUCUUGCUUCUUGCAACAGACGAGUUCUCAGUUCUUUCUUUGCUAAGAAGGUUGGAAGGUUAUUUCUAAGGCAACUCCUUUUGAUAGCAAGUUGUAAUCUGAUCAGGAACCUGGAAAAAGAAUGGCUACCCAGGAGACUUCUGAAGAAGGACCUGGCAGUGACAUUUUUGAGCUGGAUCCUGCUUACCUAAAAGCUUCUAAUCUGAAUCUGAAUUUUGAUUUUCACAUGAUGGCAGAAGAAAUGGAAGAGGAAUACCGGAAAAUCCGCAAGCAACUUCAGAGAGGGUUUAAUUCCACAAUGAGAAGUGAAGCCAAAAGGCUAAAAACCUUCUUGUCUACACCACCUGAUAAUUUCAAUUCAACUUGGGCUCCCUCUGAGAUGGCUACAAAUGGCUUCUAUCACACUGGUGUUAAGACUGCAAUACAGUGUUUUUGCUGUGGGUUAGUUUUGCUUGCAAGGAGCUUCAGAAGGUCUCCUCAUGAAAGCCACAAGAAAUAUUCGCCCCACUGUGAAUUUAUUUUAGGGAAGGAAGUUGGCAACAUCCCCAAGUUUGAGGUGCGUGUUCAGAAUCCAGAAAAUAGUCCCUCAGAAGUCACAAAGGGAUACAAAGAGGUGGAGAAAAGACUUGACUCCUUCACUGGUUGGCCAUUCUAUGUCGGAGAGGUCCAGCCCGCUUUGCUAGCCGACGCUGGAUUUUUCUUCACAGGUAUAAAAGACACAGUUCAAUGCUUUGCCUGUGCUGGAAGUUUGGGAAAUUGGGAAGAAGGCGAUGAUCCUUGGAAAGAACAUGCAAAAUGGUUUCCUAAAUGUGAAUUUCUUCAACAGAAGAAGUCCAGUGAUGAAAUUAAAGAGUAUAUUCAAAAUUAUUGUGGAUUUGUUGGUGUUACGGGAAAGCACUUCGCAGGAUCGUUUCUGAAGAGACUGUCCUCAAAUGCAGGGGCUUCAGAACCUAACUUAAACAUCUAUGAAGAAGAAGGUCUCCGUAUGGAAUCUUUUGAAACUUGGCCACAAGAAGCACAUGCUGACCCCACUACUCUAGCCAAAUUUGGAUUUUUCUACACAGGGGAGAAGGACAUUGUGCAGUGCUUUUCUUGUGGUGGGCGCUUAGUGAACUGGGAAGAAACUGAUGAUCCUUGGACAGAACAUGCUAAAGUUUUCCCUCAUUGUAAGCUAUCAGAUCCAGACUGGAAAACCUCACUUGAGAAGCCUAAAAGGCAAACAGAGGCUGAUUCAUGGCAUGAAAAGCAAGCAGACUGCACAAGCUAUUUGGGAGAGAGAGAAUCUCUCAAUUCUGCAAUGGCUUUUGUGGCUUUUGAUGAGCAUGAAGAGCUUCAGAAAAAGCUCAGAGGAGCAUAUGAUGAUAUCAAGUUCAGGAAAAUGUUUUCAUUUGGGAACUCCAGCCAGUUUGCUAUUGAUUUAAAAUUGCUCUUUGGGGACCUCAGCAUUACCUCCAAGAACAUCAACAACCUGCCGUUGCAGCUGCUCGUGCUGCCAGAGGUCUUUGAAACCUUUCAUUCCAUUACAGUUUUAGAAGGGGAAGCAGGCAGUGGAAAGACUGCAUUGCUUCGGAAGACAGCCAUACUUUGGGCAUCCGGAUGCUGCCCCAUAGUCAGCAGAUUUAAGUUUGUUUUUUAUCUGUCCUUGAGUUGCAGAGAACGUGAUCAGAGCCUGGCAGAACUUAUCUGCAAUCAGGUGGUGGGGCUAAAAGGAUUGUUAACAGAAGAUUCCCUAAAGAACAUUUGCCAACAGUUAACUAAUGAAGUCUUGUUCCUCUUGGAUGAUUAUGAUGAAAUGAAUGCAGCCCCUCGUGUCAUCCAAGACCUUAUUCUAAAGAACUAUUUGAACAAGCACUGUUUAGUUAUUGCGGUUCGUACUAACAGAGUUGGAGAAAUCCGCCAAUAUGCCAGUGCAAUUCUCAGUAUUGAAGAAUUUCCACUCACCAGCACUCUCUUUCUGUUAAGAAAACUAUUUUCUCAAAACGCUGCCUUUUUAGAACGAGUCCUUGUUCAGUUGUCAUCAGACAGUACAAUGCAUUCCAUCUUAAAGACUCCCCUCUUUGCUGUUGCUCUUGCCAAAUAUUGGACUCAAUCUCCUAAUGGCAGUAUGACCAUAGAUACAAUAAUUUUAAAAGCCUACGUACUGUACAGUUCACUGAAAUAUCCACAGAAAAGUGAUCAUUUCAAAACUGUAUUAUCAGCUUGUGGUGAACUAGCCUUACAAGGGCUCUUCAAAUCCUGCUUUGAAUUCAGCAAGGAAGACCUGUCUGAAGUUGGGGUUAAUGGAGACGAUGCUCUUUGGUUUGGUCUACUGAGCAAGUUCACUGCCCAAAGGCUUUGGCCACUCUACAAAUUCUUUCACCUUUCAUUCCAAGAAUUUCUUGCAGGUCUAAGGAUGAGUGAGCUCCUGGGUUCAGAUGUGCAAGAAGAUGUGGAGAAAGGGCUGCAGUAUUUGCAGCAAAUCAACACAUUUGUGAAGAUCACUGGCCGCUACCAGUAUGUUUUGAGAUAUGCUUGCAGUUCUCCUGUCAAAGCAGUACUCAAAAUAAUUUCCCACUUGCUCAGUUUACUCAGUGGGAAGGAGUCAUGUGAAUGGUGCUCAGAAAAUGAUGCUUAUUUACAGCAGGCUUCAGCACUUCAGCUCAUGCAGCAGCAACUUGCAAUUGCUUAUUUUAGUUUGUACCCAAAGCAGUAUCAUAUACAAUUCACUGAAAUCUUACUUAAACUUGCAACUGAGCUGGCUUAUCAAAGCGAUAUGGUUUCUGCAUGUGCUCCUAUGCUUUUACAGUUCCUCAGUGGAAAAGAACUUUAUUUAGAUCUGUUUGAUUCAGACAAAAAAUUCAUACAUCGCUUUUUUCUGGAUUAUCCAGAAAGUUUAUACUUACCAAGCAGAUUCAAGAAAAUUAUUUUUGGCAAAGAGGAACAUUCUGAUCUGUCUAUACCUGAAACAAGUUAUUCCAAGCUGGGGGUUCCAGUUGUGAACAAAGAACAUGCUUCUGCAUUUAAACACAUGAAUGACUUUAUCCAGAAAAGAAAUGAACAUGUGGAUUUGUGCAAUAGCGUUAGGGGACUUUACUUGAGACAUCUCCCGGACCCUUUAAUAGCGCCUUUUCUCCAACGGAAAUACCAUAAGAAGGUCCCACAUUUGACAUUUAAAGCAGUGUGUGUACAUUCUUUCCCUCCUCAGGACCUUCAGAAUUUAACAGCACUGUUCUCUGCUUUUGAUCAUAUCAAACUCAACCUUCAUCACUGCGGCAGUCUGAUUGAAAGUAUCAAACCAGCUAUUGAGCAGAACUUGGGCUCUUUUAGAAUUUGCAGUAUAAGCAGUACUGAUUUAAGUGCAGUGGAAGAGAACCUACUUCUUUCACUGUCUUCACUUGAGUCACUUAAAGUCAAGGGGAAGAUGCUGAUACCAGAAACCCUCUUUGUAAAUUUGGACAAAUAUGCAUUCUUGAAGGAACUGAUAGUGGAUCUAUGUGAUGCUCAAUUUAUAUUUGACAUAAUCCCAGAAGACUUCAAAAAUCUUCACAAAAUAGAGAAAUUGCUAAUCUACAAUGUUCAAUUUAAAAGCAGUUGUCCCAGACUAGUUGAAUUUAUACAGAACUUUCAGAAUCUCUCAGUUUUUCAUCUAAAAAAUUCAGACUUUUCUGCUUUGGGGGCUCUUAUGGAAGCAUUGUCCUCUUGCAAGAUGCUAACAGAAAUACAACUCACUGGAUUGCCGUUUGGGGAUGAAGACCUGUUUUCCCUUGCUGCUGCUUUGCCAAAUCUUACUGGGCUAAAGGUCCUGGAUCUUGAAAGAUUAAAUUUCAUUAACAAGGAAGCCUGUAUAGCAUUUGCAGAGGCUUUGAAUUCUCUUGUGAAUUUGGAGGAGCUUUCUCUAACUAUUGGGGAAGGAAUAAGUCAUAAAUCUAAACUGAUUGUUCAGCAAUGCUCCCAUUUUCCAAACCUUCGAAAGUUGGAGCUCAAUGAGUGUUUAAAUGAUGAGGCUCUGCUGGAAAUAGCAAAAAUAGCAGAUGAUGGAGGUUUCCAAAACCUUGAAUUCCUGCUCCUCCGGACAAAUCACAACAUUACAGAAGAAGCUUGGAGAAAUUUCUUUCAAAUACUGUCUAAUAUGCCGAAGUUGCACAAGGUGGACUUCUUUCGCAUUUUCACCCAUCAAAUCAAAUGUCAAGCAGCAACUGUGAAGUCUUUUGUCCAGUGUGUCUCCAGACUGCCCAGCCUCAGCAUAAUUAGCAUGAUAGGCUGGUUGUUUGAUGAGGAAGACCUAAAAAUGUUUGAUAUCAUGAAGAAACAUCAUCCCCAGUCAAAUAGAUUAGAACUGACGUGGAAAUGGACGUGGCCAGUUUCACCAAUUAUAAAUGAAUAGAAAAGUAAUGGGUUUAACUAUGUAAACAUUAGUUAAAAUAUUCAAUUAUUGGAAUUGCCAGUUUAUGGACUCCUUUUGCAGAGCAAAUCCACAUAAUUAUCAUGAUGGAGGCAUUGUUUUCCUGUGCUUCCCACUGCAUUUUUUUUUUUUUAGAAAAUAUGACUUUUUGAAGAAAAGCAGAACAGUAAUUGUUAGAGCAAUAAUGCAAUUAUUAGAGGUGUGGACACUUUUUACUGCUAUACCACCAUCUUUCCAAGAGGUGUGGUUUCUUCAUGUCUAACGUAAUGGGCAGGUGAGCCUAUCACUGUUUAUCACUCCUUACUAUAGACUUCUAGUGAAUGCCUUUUGCUUAACUAUCUUAUCUAUUUUAAUUAUGGCAAGCAUGUUUUUGUUGCUCUAUUUUUAAAAUUCAAAUCUCUGCAUGCUUAAAUGGAAGAAAAUUCUAAUACUAAAUAAAUCAUUUAAAGUAUCUGUCUUUCCAUUUCACUGCCAUUUUAGAAGUAUUUCGCAUCCACCCUGAAAUGAAGCACUUCUGUUCCAUAGCAAACAUUAAACUUAGGGAGGGGGAGGGCUUUAUAUUUCAUGCACAAUGAUGUAGUAAUACAUAUGAAUGAAGGAGCACUUCAGUGCAAAUUAAAGAUUAUAUAUUUUUAAGAUUGUGAUUUUUCUUUUUAAAUCACUGCCUGGGUCAA